AGGCCUCACCCCGGCUGCCAGCUGGAGCAGCACCGGCGGCCGCCUGAGGGGCCUAUGGUUGGUUUCCGAAGGAGGAGGAGUUGGAAGUUGCCGCCGCCGCGGCGAACGCGGCGGCUAGAACAACCGCGCUGCGGGGAGAGACAAUGGAGGAGGCCUGGGCUGGGCGCCGAGCGGCCGGCCUGAGAGGACGGGUUCGGGAGAGAGACAGUGACGUGGCCGCCCUGGCCACGGUCACGCCCGAGCUCUUCGAGGAGCCCUUUGUGGCAGAUGAGUACAUUGAACGCUUGGCAUGGAGGACUCCUGGUGGAGGUUCCAGAGGUGGCAUGGAAGCUUUUGAUCCCAAAAGAUUGCAAGAAGAAUUUGUGAAUCAUAUCAAUGAACUGAAGUUACUAGAUGAACGAAUCCAAAGGAGGGUGGAAAAAUUGGAGCAACAAGUCCAAAGGGAAGCUAAGGAGUUUGCCAAGAAAGUUCAAGAGCUGCAGAAAAGCAAUCAGGUUGCUUUCCAGCAUUUCCAAGAACUAGAUGAGCAUGUCAGCUAUGUGGCAACUAAAGUCUGUCACCUAGGUGACCUGCUGGAGGGGGUAAAUACACCAAGGCAACGGCUAGUAGAGGCUCACAAACUGAUGAAAUACUUUAAUGAGUUUCUAGAUGGAGAGCUGAAGUCUGAUGUUUUCACCAAUCCUGAAAAGAUUGAAGAGGCAGCUGAUAUUAUCCAGAAGCUGCAUCUGAUAGCACAGGAAUUACCUUUUGACAGGUUUUCUGAAGUAAAAUCUAAAAUAGCAAGUAAGUACCAUGAUUUAGAGUGCCAACUAAUCCAGGAGUUUACGAAUGCACAAAGAAGGGGGCAAAUCUACAGGAUGAGAGAAGUAACGGCAGUUUUGCUUCACUUUAAGGGCUAUUCCCACUGUGUUGAUGUGUAUAUAAAACAGUGCCAAGAGGGUGCCUAUUUGAGAAGUGAUAUUUUUGAAGAUACAGCCAUUCUUUGCCAGAAUGUGAACAGACAAGUUGGAGAUAUAUUUAGUAGUCCAGAGACUGUAAUGGCCAAACUUAUUCAGAAUAUCUUUGAAAUCAGACUUCAGGGUUAUAUAAAAGACCAGUUAGAAGAACAUAAGAAAUCAGAUGCAGAACAAUAUCUUCAGAGUCUCUAUGAACUGUACACAAGGACUACUAAUCUUUCAAGCAAAUUGAUGGAGUUUAACUUGGGCACUGAUAAGCAGACUUUCCUGUCUAAGCUUAUCAAAUCCAUCUUUGUUUCCUACUUGGAGAAUUACAUUGAGGUGGAAAUUGGUUAUUUGAGAAGCAGGAGCUCCAUGAUUUUGCAGCGCUAUUAUGAUUCCAAAAACCACCAGAAGAGAGCUAUUGGAAGUGGAGGCAUUCAAGACCUCAAAGAGAGAAUACGACAGCGGACCAACCUGCCUUUGGGCCCAAGCAUUGAUACCCAUGGUGAAACUUUCUUGUCCCAGGAUGUUGUGGUUAAUUUAUUACAAGAAACUAAGCAAGCUUUUGAAAGGUGUCAUAGGCUUUCUGAUCCUUCUGAUUUGCCAAAGAAUGCUUUCAGGAUUUUCUCUUUGCUUGUGGAUUUCUUGUGUAUUGAACACAUUGAUUAUGCUGUGGAAACAGGGCUGGCUGGUAUUCCUUCUCCAGAUGCCAAGAAUGCAAAUCUUUAUUUCCUGGAUAUUGUAAACCAGGCUAAUACCAUUUUUCAUCUUUUUGAUAAGCAGUUCAAUGACCAUCUGAUGCCACUGGUGAGUUCUUCUCCUAAGCUUUCUGAAUGUCUUCAGAAGAAAAAGGAUAUCACAGAACAAAUGGAGGUGAAAUUGGAUAUGGGCAUAGACAGGACACUGAAUUGCAUGAUUGGACAGAUGAAGCACAUCUUGGCAGCUGAACAAAAGAAGACCGAUUUCAAACCAGAAGAUGAGAACAAUGUUCUGAUUCAGUACACUAACGCCUGUGCCAAAGUCUGUGCCUAUGUUAGAAAGCAAGUGGAAAAGAUCAGGAAUUCUAUGGAUGGCAAGAAUGUGGACAGUGUUCUGAUGGAGUUUGGUGUUCGUUUCCAUCGCCUCAUCUAUGAGCAUUUACAGCAAUAUUCCUAUAGCUACAUGGGUGGCAUGUUGGCAAUCUGUGAUGUGGCUGAAUACAGAAAGUGUGCCAAAGAGUUCAAGGUUGCGUUGGUUUUGCACCUUUUUGACACGCUCCAUUCCCUUUGCAACCUCCUUGUUGUAGCCCCAGAUAACUUGAAGCAGGUCUGCUCAGGAGAGCAGCUGGCUAUUCUAGAGAAGAAUAUUCUCCAUUCCUUUGUACAGCUCCGCUUUGACUACAGAUCUGCUCGUCUUGGUCGCCACUUCAGCUGAGCACGCACGAGAAGCAAGCCAAGCAUUUACAAGGACUUGGUUUAUCAGACAGCACACGAUGGUGGCUUUUGAGUGCAAAAUAGGUUGUGGAAGUUGCUCAGAUGAACAAACUGUCAUAACUAAAUUGGUCUUUUCCACUGUCCUGUUUUCAUCUUGCUUCUGGAAUAAAUAAUCUUAUCAGGUUCCUCCUAAA